AUGGUACUCAAUGCUCAUAAUAAACCAUCACUCCUUGCCAGAAACAUUAUCUUAAUCCUAACUUCCCUAGUCACGAGCUUCCAAGUCUCAACAACAACAAUACCUGACCAGCUGCCCUAUUUCACCUCCAACCAAACUCUUCCACAAUACGCCUUGGAUUUCGCUCCACUGGUCUAUCUGCAUUCCGAUGAGGUCUUUUGGCCGUCAGACUUGGAUCAGCACUUCGACAACGUUCAGCCUCAGAUCAAUUUUACGACUGUUGGAAGCUACCUCGAAACAGGCCAAACUACACAAGAUUUUUUGGGAUCAACCAACAUUGAAAAAAUUGACCCGAGCCAACAAGAAAUCACUUAUCUAAGCUCCAAACAACCAAUAUUCGACCUAGAUAGUGCUUCAUGGCUUCGAGGUGUUGGUCCACCGGAUAAGACUGGUAGAUCAGCUGCUUCUGCCAUUAUCAUUGCUGUCGAUAAAACUCAACAAGUUGGAGCCGGCUGGGUCGACGUAUUUUAUUUAUUCUUUUAUUCGUAUAAUCGUGGGAACUACUUUUAUAAUAACCGCUUCGGGGAUCAUGUUGCUGAUUGGGAAAACACUAUGAUCAGGUUUAAGAAUGGUAAACCGAUGUACGUUUCACCCGAGGCGCAUGGUGGCCAAGUUAUGCUAGGGAAUUCGGCGUUCAAAUACGAUAUACUAGAGCGCGUCAAUGGGCGACCGGUGGUAUACGCGGCUAAUGGAACUCACGGAAUGUACCCUCAACCAGGUCAACAAAACUAUACCGGUCUGCCGGUGGCCAUUUACGAUGUCACCGAUAAGGGGCACCUUUGGGAUCCUAAGAUGAACUACAAGUCUUUCUUCUUCUCCAACGAGAACGGAUUCUCAUACACGGCCGACACCCCAAUUCAGCAGCAAGAUCCUCAAAAGCUGGGGUGGUUAAAGUUCUUAGGCUUUUGGGGAGACCAAAAACUUGAACUUUCCAAUCCACAUCAAACUUGCAUUGGUCCAAUGUGUUUUUAUGAAGGUGGCCCCCUCGGACCACAGUCAAAAUCUUUAUCACGAGGCUGGAUUUGUGGAAGUUCAGAUUGCCAGCCCCAAUCAACUUUGCCAAUAAUCCUCCGGCCAGGUGGUCAAAGAUACAACUCUCCCUAUAGCAGCAGUUCAACUAACCGACUCAACUAUCUGUCAUGCGUCGUUCUUUCUUUCCUAGCAUCCUAUGCGAUUCACAUUAUUUCCUAA